GUAAAGUUCCCGUUCCUGUUCUCAAGGUACGUUUCCGACUCAAUUUUCUCCGUUCCUGUUCGAUUUUCUUCCCUGUUGGGGUUUAUUAUAAGUGAGGAGAUUUGUUGUUGAUUGUUUUGUUGUUGGUGGUGGUGGUGUUGUAAAUAAAGAGUAUCGAAGAUAAUAGAGAUGGGAUUCAUAAUGGAAUUCGCGAGGCACCUGGUACUAAAGAUGAUGGAGGAUCCAGAGGAAAGGGAUAAGAAGUUCAGGGAGCAUGUCUAUGCUGUGAAGGACAGGUGCGCCAAGACCAAGGAGAUGUGGAGUCUCCCAAUGAGGCCUUAUGGCUUUUGGACCUUCGAGCGCCACAACUCUCAGCUUGCUUGGGAUGCCCAGAUCAGCCAGGUCGAAGGCCGCCGCGACCCCUACGACGAUGCCCUCCAACAAUUCUCAGGGAAAUGAAAUUGUCACGGGUUCUUUUGGUGGAUAACUGGGAAUUCCUCUUAUUUCCUUCAUUGAAUUUUCUGUUCUGUUUUCUGACGAAGACAUUGCAGGCAGCUGGUUUUGUAAUGCUUCAAAAGUUCAAAUUGUUAUCUGAAUAAAGUUUCUUAAUAUUAACUCUGGUGUUAUGUAAUACUUUUAUCGCCCUUUUAGAAUUUACAUAAUCUUUCACAAUUGCACUUCCAGGAUGCUUAAACAUAAUUAACAUAUGCAACAUUUCUAAUGUUUUAAAACAUGUUAUUUUUUAAUUUGACACAUUUUGUGUGUUA